CUUUGUCUUGAAGGUAUUAUCUUUUGAUUCUUUUCAUGUGGUCGAACUGGACUCUUUUUCUCAGAGCUUCGUUGUUUAACGAAACAUAGUGUUGUUUGGCGGUAAUCUCAACGUCCCUGCAAUGAUGCAAAAUUUGACAUGAUCAGAUCCGUAUGAAAUCAUGAACUCGCCAUGUCUGGUUCAGGGCAAGGUUCCACACUAACCAAAAUCCAAGUGAAGACGCGUUUCUUGAUGCCGCCGGCUCCCCUCUGCCUUUAUUCCAGGCGGCUCAGGUGUUCGAUAGAAUGCCAAGGCGAUCACUUUAGAAAGCUGCCAAGGUACAUAUGCAUGUUUCAUUGUUUUACUCCUUCGAGAUUUCUCCUUGUCUUUCCAAUAGCUUCAAUUUCAGUUUAGUUCAUGCCCAUGAGUGUAGAAGCAGUUUUUUUUUUUUCUGAGCACAACUUGGCCAAACAAAAUUGAAAUGAAAAUUUCAUUGAAGUGCUUAUGGAAUUGUGAAUGUGAUAAGUAGAUGCUCCGUGAUAUUUAGUUCCAAAGAAAAGGGAUAUGAAUAUUAAAGAAGUGCUCUUAUUAUGUGUUGAAAUUGAUCUUUGGAAGAAACAAGCCAAAGUCGUAUAAGAAAACAAUAUACCGAAUGAACUUGGGAAACGAAU